CCUUGCAAGCUUCCCUGGCGGGCUCGGCUGAGAUCUGCUCUUUCGGCGCUCGACUCGCUCGUGCUGCAACCGCCCUCGAAGGAGGGGCAAGGCUCAAGAUGGCGGACAAAACGCCAGGCGGAUCUCAGAAGACCAGUUCAAAGACCAGAUCAUCAGAUGUUCAUUCAUCUGGAUCAUCAGAUGCACAUAUGGAUGCAUCUGGACCCUCAGAUAGUGAUAUACCAAGUCGGACACGACCUAAGAGCCCAAGAAAACAUAAUUAUAGGAAUGAGAGUGCCCGGGAAAGCCUUUGUGAUUCUCCUCAUCAGAAUCUCUCAAGACCUUUUCUAGAAAACAAACUUAAAGCAUUCAGUAUUGGAAAAAUGAGUACAGCUAAGCGAACUUUAAGUAAGAAAGAGCAAGAAGAAUUAAAGAAAAAGGAGGAUGAAAAGGCAGCUGCUGAGAUUUAUGAGGAAUUUCUUGCUGCUUUUGAAGGAAGUGAUGGUAAUAAAGUGAAAACAUUUGUGCGUGGAGGUGUUGUUAAUGCAGCUAAGGAAGAACACGAAACAGAUGAAAAAAGAGGUAAAAUCUAUAAGCCAUCUUCAAGAUUUGCGGAUCAAAAAAAUCCUCCAAAUCAGUCAUCCAAUGAAAGACCACCAUCUCUUCUUGUGAUAGAAACCAAAAAACCACCACUUAAGAAAGGAGAGAAAGAAAAGAAAAAAAGCAAUUUGGAACUCUUCAAAGAAGAAUUGAAACAAAUUCAAGAAGAGCGUGAUGAGAGACAUAAAACAAAAGGCAGGUUAAGUCGAUUUGAGCCGCCUCAGUCAGAUUCUGAUGGUCAGCGUCGUUCUAUGGAUGCGCCUUCAAGAAGAAAUAGAUCAUCUGGUGUUCUUGAUGAUUAUGCACCUGGCUCACAUGAUGUUGGAGAUCCAAGUACUACUAAUUUAUACCUUGGAAACAUAAACCCACAGAUGAAUGAAGAAAUGCUGUGCCAAGAAUUUGGAAGAUUUGGACCAUUAGCCAGUGUGAAAAUUAUGUGGCCGAGAACUGAUGAAGAAAGAGCAAGAGAGAGAAAUUGUGGCUUUGUGGCCUUUAUGAAUAGAAGAGAUGCUGAAAGAGCUUUAAAAAAUUUAAAUGGAAAGAUGAUUAUGUCUUUUGAAAUGAAGUUAGGUUGGGGUAAAGCUGUGCCUAUUCCUCCACAUCCAAUAUACAUUCCACCUUCAAUGAUGGAACAUACACUUCCCCCUCCUCCGUCAGGACUGCCUUUUAAUGCGCAGCCUAGAGAGCGGUUAAAAAACCCCAAUGCUCCCAUGUUACCGCCACCUAAAAACAAGGAGGAUUUUGAGAAGACUCUGUCGCAAGCCAUAGUCAAAGUGGUUAUCCCAACAGAAAGGAAUUUACUCGCCCUGAUACAUCGGAUGAUAGAGUUUGUUGUACGUGAAGGGCCAAUGUUUGAAGCUAUGAUUAUGAACAGAGAAAUCAAUAAUCCUAUGUUCAGAUUCUUAUUUGAAAACCAGACACCAGCCCAUGUUUACUAUAGGUGGAAGCUUUAUUCUAUUCUGCAGGGAGAUUCUCCAACUAAGUGGCGGACAGAAGAUUUUCGCAUGUUCAAAAAUGGAUCUUUUUGGAGGCCACCACCAUUAAAUCCAUACUUGCAUGGGAUGUCAGAAGAGCAAGAAACAGAAGCUUUUGUAGAGGAGCCUAGUAAAAAGGGAGCACUUAAGGAAGAACAGAGGGACAAAUUAGAAGAAAUCCUGCGGGGGUUAACUCCAAGGAAAAAUGAUAUUGGGGAUGCAAUGGUUUUCUGUCUUAAUAAUGCUGAAGCUGCUGAAGAAAUAGUGGAUUGCAUUACUGAGUCAUUGUCCAUCUUAAAGACUCCCCUUCCCAAAAAGAUUGCCAGAUUGUAUUUGGUUUCUGAUGUUUUGUACAACUCUUCAGCCAAAGUUGCCAAUGCUUCAUAUUAUAGAAAAUUUUUUGAAACAAAGUUAUGUCAGAUAUUUUCAGACCUCAAUGCUACCUAUCGUACAAUUCAAGGCCAUUUACAGUCUGAAAACUUUAAGCAACGGGUAAUGACCUGCUUUAGAGCAUGGGAAGAUUGGGCAAUUUAUCCAGAACCAUUUUUGAUCAAAUUACAAAAUAUUUUCUUAGGCCUUGUAAAUAUUAUUGAAGAAAAGGAAACAGAGGAUGUACCAGAAGACCUUGAUGGUGCCCCCAUUGAGGAAGAGCUUGAUGGUGCACCUCUAGAAGAUGUGGAUGGAAUUCCUAUUGAUGCUACUCCUAUUGAUGAUCUUGAUGGAGUUCCUAUAAAGAGUCUUGAUGAUGAUCUUGAUGGAGUGCCUUUGGAUGCAAGUGAAGACUCAAAGAAGAAUGAGCCUAUAUUUAAAGUUGCCCCAUCAAAGUGGGAAGCUGUGGAUGAAUCUGAAUUGGAAGCACAGGCUGUAACAACUUCUAAAUGGGAGUUAUUUGAUCAGCAUGAAGAAUCAGAAGAAGAAGAAAAUCAAAAUCAAGAAGAAGAAAGUGAAGAUGAAGAAGAUACUCAGAGUUCCAAAUCUGAAGAACACCAUUUGUACUCUAAUCCAAUUAAAGAAGAAAUGACUGAGUCCAAGUUCUCGAAGUACUCUGAAAUGAGUGAGGAAAAGCGAGCUAAACUUCGUGAAAUUGAGCUCAAAGUCAUGAAGUUUCAGGAUGAAUUGGAAUCUGGGAAAAGACCUAAAAAGCCAGGCCAGAGCUUUCAGGAGCAAAUAGAACACUACAGAGAUAAACUUCUUCAACGAGAGAAAGAGAAAGAAUUAGAAAGAGAAAGAGAAAGAGAUAAGAAGGAUAAAGAAAAAUUGGAAUCUCGAUCCAAAGACAAGAAGGAAAAAGAUGAAUGUACCCCGACGAGGAAAGAAAGGAAAAGGCGACACAGUACAUCCCCAAGCCCGUCUCGCAGUAGCAGUGGUAGACGAGUGAAAUCCCCAUCACCAAAAUCGGAGCGGUCAGAGCGUUCAGAAAGAUCUCAUAAAGAGAGCUCACGGUCCAGGUCAUCUCACAAAGAUUCUCCUAGAGAUGUUAGCAAAAAGGCCAAAAGAUCACCAUCUGGCUCAAGGACACCUAAGAGAUCUAGGCGAUCACGGUCUAGAUCCCCUAAAAAAUCAGGGAAGAAAUCCAGAUCCCAGUCCCGAUCUCCACACAGGUCUCAUAAAAAGUCAAAGAAAAACAAACACUGAUGUAAAUUUUUAAGAUGCUGUCACGUAUUGGAAAUGCAAUUUUGUUUUGUGCCUGAAUGGUCUGUUAAAAAAAAAAAAAAAACUAAUGAAAGAGCAUUCCUGGGGUUUUUGUUUGUUUGUUUGUGAAUGCAUGUGUAAACUCAUGAGUAACUGCAUCUGUAGACCUGUCAUUGUUUUAUAUUGUAAAAAUUACUUCUGUUGUGGCUGUUUCUCAAGAUGAAAUUUUUAUUGUGCUAAUGAGUUUUGUUAGAAAUGUGUAUAAUGGAUCUGCUGGCAGUAGUGGUAUUUUGUUUUAGGAUGUUGUGACUUAGCAAAAAUAAUACAGAUGUCUUUCCCCUUUUUGUAGCUUUGACAGUUUGAAUUAGAUUUCAAAUAAAAUCUGAACAGAAAACUAUAAUGUUGUUUUUUUGCCCUAUUGGUGACAUCAAGUCCCUUAAAGUCCUACUAAGUGAGUUUAGCUCUUUGUGUUUCUUAGACCCAAUGCACUUUACAAGCUUUGUUGUUUGAAUAGCUAAAGUUUUAUAUUUACUAAGAUGUCUAUCAAAAUUAAGGGACCUGAGACUCCUAUUUGGUAGGUUUGCCAACCAAUUUCUUUGAUAAGGUUCUCUUGGAUAGUACUAGUAGUACCCAGAGAUCAAAAGACCAUGUAAAUGUGGCAUGGUCUUUUGUUAAUGGGAUGCCUGGCUAAAGUAUUUUUUUCUGUUUUCAAAGAAGCAAUAUAAUUUCAAUACACUCAGCCUAUGUCCUGAGCAACUACUUGUUUUUAGGGAGAAAUUGCAUCUCCAUCUUUUGAUUUCAUCUUCAAUCACAAAAGGUGUUUAUUUAUAAAAGAACUUUUCUAGCAAGAGUUGGCUAUAGAAUUUUCGUAUGACAUUUAUAGCCCUAUAGCCCUCUGUAGGCAAUUUUUCUAAUACUGGUAUCAGUCUAUUUCUACAAGGUUCUGUUUAAAGCACCUUUGUGGGGGCUUUUUGUUUUUUUUUUAAACUUACAUUUGGCUUUACAUAAAAUUUAAAGUAGUUUUCAGGCAAUUUAACAUGCAAUAGUUUGUAAAUUCAAAGUGCAAAAAGUUGAUUUAAACAAUUUUGCAGAGGUGGAAUUGUUAUAUAAUGGGAAUAAUACUGCUACAGUAUGAGGAAGAAAUAAGCCUUGUGUAAUAUGGAUCAUAAUAGUGCUAUAAAUAUAAUGUAAUAAAGGGUUAUGUAGACGUGAACUGACACUACUACUAUUUGUGAAUCUUGCUUUUCAGUUUUUCAUUUAGGCACUUUAUAUAGUCGUUUGAUGAGUGUGUUUCCCCCUUAAUAGAGUAGAAAACUAUUCUAAUAAUGGAUUAUUUUGACUUAGCUUGCUUUUUAAAAAUAUCUUUUCAGUUUGUUUUACUUAAUCUUGCCUAGUCACAACAGAAUAAGCUGUACCCAUGACUUGGGACGUAGGUGAAGAAUGCUAUUUACAAACUGGACAAACCUCCAAUAGCUUUAGAAAUGAGCCAGUCAGAUUAUUUUAUGUAGUAGUUCUUAUCACCAUGCAUUACUCGUUUACUCUUUUGUUUGUCCAUAUUGUUAGGAAAUGUUAAUUCCUAAAUGUUGCUGAGAGUAAUUAAACUUGAACAUUUGGUGCUGGUUUUUAAAAAUUACAAAUACAGCCAUUUUUAAAGUAAUAUUCUUCUCUCCUGUUCAUUGCCUGGGAGAAUAAAAUUUGUAUAAUUGCAUUUCUUUGCAAAGACAACAAUGUUGAGUUGCUAGUGAUUCGGUCAUUCCAUCAUUUGUUGGUAUCCAGUGUAGGCUUAGAAAUAAUUGGCCAGGUAAUGGUUUUGCCAGUCAAGUUGUAAGGAAUAUUUAUUUCUCUCUUAAAAAUGUAUCGUGACGAAGCAGGAGUGAGCAGAAAUUUUUAGGUCUGUUUUGGAUGUUUAUUUGCAGAAUUUUUCCGAUGGCAGUUUUUAAUCAGGAUCCAGAUGCAACAAACAUUGUUUAAGUGAGUAAGACUGGCUUACUUCUGUGUGGGUGAGCGGGGAUUGUUUGGUUUGAUUGGGUAUCUGUUCUGUGAAGUUUGUUUUUGUGUGUAUUAGAUUGUACUGGAUUUUUUUUCCCCGGAAUUGCAAAUGGUAUCGUUAGGUUGUUUCCAGUUUUACUUAACAAGAAAAUAUUAGCCUGUUUUACUCUUCAUGGAUUCUGUGAAAGUUGAACCAAAUCAAAAAUUGGUGAAUUGUAAGGGGGGAGAUAUUUUACCAUAUUAAAAAAAUAUAUUUAGUAUUAUUCAUCUGUUUCCUAUCUAAAUAACACUUUUAAUUAGAUAGUAAAAUUUUUACAGGUUGACUGAAAUGUUUGUAGGCAUGGCCUUCUAGUUACAGGAAAAACCCUGUUCAGCUCUGUAAUCGAAAGUUAUCCUCUAUCAUAGUUACAUGUAGAGGAAGUCCUUUGUUGUCUGCUCUUCUUAUGCAGGGUGUGGCUUAAACUCUACUCUCUAACCUCACAUUUGUACACAGGGAUUCAUAACCAGGUUAAUACCAUUUAACCUCCCUCUCUUCUACAGGUGAGAGAAAGUAAAUAAAUGGUGGUCUAUUUCUUACCAGAGAGAUACCUAUGAUUGAAAAGG